UCAUGAAUGGAUUUCCUCAAAACAAAACUUGCAUGGCUUUUAUGCCUUGCUUUUUUAAAACAAAAUCGAUUUUCUCAAAAUAAUUUGCUACUAUAUAAAAACUAUAGUAAUUAACAGAUGACAGAAUGAUGCAAGAAAAUAGCGAAUCGCGACCUGGCGUCGGUGCAUUGCAAAAUAUGCAGCUGCUGAAGAAGGAAAGUUCUGUAUUCAAAAUUCCUAAAGUACCGCCCAAAAAAGUGAUUAAAAAAUCAAAGGUUUUAGAUGAAGAGGACUAUGUCCAGGGUAUAGCUAAAAUAAUACAGAGAGACUUUUUCCCCGACUUGGAAAAACUAAAGGCUCAAAAUGAUUUUCUUGAGGCUCAAGAAAACAGGGACUAUGUGAGACUCAGAGAACUAACAAGAAAGUAUAGUGGCAAUAGGCCACCCACAGAACCAUAUAACUCUCCAGCAACAUUUGACACUCCAGGUGUUGACAGACCAUUUUCUCCAUCUGUCCAGAAUCAAACUGCCCCAUCCACAGUGGGCUCUAAUGUAAUGGAUAAACCAAAAGAUAUUACUGAAAAUCAUACAUUAGAUUCAUACCUCGCAACUCACACAAGUGAAGACAACGCAAGCUAUGACCGUGUGAUAGCACUUGAAAAUAAAAAACGUGCAGCAAAACUUGCAUCACAAUUGCAGUCAGAAGUAACAUCCGCAGCACUUGCAGAUUCUGCGCUUGCCUUGCCAUCCAUAGAACAACAGGCAGAUCAAACAGAAAGGCCUGAGGAGUUGGACACUUGGCGGUAUCGCGCUAAGAAUUUUAUAAUGUACGUGCCAGAUGGCGCGGCAGGCCAACCAACAACGCCUAAACCUGAGUUGCAGCAUCACAACACUCGCCUGCUUGCACAGCCAUUCGAUAACGCGAAGAAUAAGGAAACCAUCAGUGCUCUGGCUAGGAGUCAAGAUGCGAGCUUUAAAGGCAAGAUAGGCGUUGACGGGGUGAGCAUAACGUCGGAGAAAGCGGGCGCGGAGUACGUGCCUGUGAGCACGCCGUCGCCGCGUCCGGGCGCCGGGCCCGACAGCUCGCCGCUCAUGACGUGGGGCGAGAUCGAAGGCACACCCUUCCGACUCGACGGCGGGGACACGCCGUUGCCAGCGUUAGGUGCGGGCGCUGCGUAUCGGAUGUUAGAGGGGGGCGCUCGGGAGAGAAUCGCCUUGCAGCUGGCUGAACAGGUCGCUAAGCGGCGCAGACCUACCACUCCGCGUUCCACCACUCCCACAAAUAGUUUCAGAACUAACACAGAACGUCUAGCAAGCAUGUCGCCGGCAGCUAGGAAAUUGGCAGCGAAACAUUUACUAUCUCCAAGACUCAAAUUGACCCCCAACGACAUGGGUAUUUCCCAUACAACCCCUAAACGGACCCCCAUUCAGAGGACAUCUCUAGUUGCCACCCCUAAACAGUCAGACGGUGUCAAAGCAGUGAGCCCAAAUCCUUCAAGCUCCGGCAAUGUCAACAACAGCACCAAUUUGACAGAAAAUAACAAUAUCACAGAUAACCUAUUGCAGAUUAAUGUUGUGAGGAGAACGAGGUUAAAAGCCCAAGAUUUCUUUAAGUGAUUGUUUUAUGUAUUUAAAUUAUGCUUUAUAAAUAUAAUAUUAAGACAAUU